AUGGAGCCGGAUGGGAGCAUCGAGUCGGCGUCGGUGAUCCGCGUGGUGGUGCUGCAGGUGGGCGAAAUCACCGCGUCCGCCUUCCGCACCUACUCCAGCCUCAUCAUGAAACACAGAGUGAUGCCGCUGCAGGGCGUGUUCGGAUACUACAAGGAGCACCAGAAGAGCCCGUUCUCGCACCAGCCGUGGACGACAGGGUCGCUGCGCUUCAACUUCAUUCUGGGCGGCAGCAGCCGCAGCCCCUGGCAGGAGUUCGUGGCGCAGCGCAAGAUUCACGGGGUGAUAGGGGUGUGCCACUGCCCGCGCAUGCCAGACACGGCAGCAGCGUACGAGGAGUUUGUGCUGGCGUGCAAGGCGUACCCCCUCGCGCAGGUCAAGCGCUGCAUCGCCUUCGACCCCAACACAGAGCAGCUGGCAGAGGAGGACCCGCAGCGGCGCAACCUGGUGAUUCUGUCGGGGGCGGAUCAGCAGCGGCUGGAGGCGCUGCUGGUGUCGGUGAUGCAUGACUUUGCAGCGUGUGUGCUCAUGGCGCUUGAGAGCUGGGUGCUGCAUGUUGAUCCCAUUGCCGCUAUCUUCCUCUCCCCGCUUGACAACCCCAACGUCACACCCAAUGAGGAUGCGGCACGGCUGAAGAAGAAGCGGCUGGCGCGCAUUCAGAAGGCCAUCGGCGACUACUGCCUGCUGGCGGGCUCGCCCCUGGAUGCACGCAGCCACUACGGCACGGCCAUCGAGCUCGGGCGCCUCACCAACAGCACCGACCCCCUCUGGCUUGCCGGGGCUUUAGAGGGGCACGUCAGCACUCUGGCCGUGGAGAAGGGGCGGUGGGACGAGGAGUUGGAGGAGGAGAUUCGAACCAAGUACAGCGAGAUCGUGCCACUCUACCGCAAGGCGGGUGCAAUGAUCUUUGAGCUCGAAGCUCUCAUCAAGGUCGCCAGGUUUAUCUGCCGCAAGGAGAUGGCACGCGACGUGGUGGAUUUACUGGCACAGGCGGUGGAGACGGGGCGAGGGCUGCAGAACCCCAGCGACCUCCUCGUGCUCUACAUUGAGGUGGCGCGCAUUUUCCAGCAGCUGGGCUACGAGCGCAAGGCGGCAUUCUUCACGCGGCAGGUGGCCAAGCUGUACGAGCAGCAGGAGUCGCGCUUCGCCGCUGUCAGCGCACUGCAGGUGCUCGCGCUGGCGUCCACGUCCUACAAGGUGCAGUCGCUCGCGCUCUCCCCCGUGCCCUCUCCGGCCCUCCCUGAAUCGUUGGCCCAAGCGCUCACAUCGGCCAGUGAGAGGCUGCCAGCUGGCACUCGCUGCCCAGACCUUGCUCUUCCCUUUGUCAGGUUCCAUGCGUUCGCAACAGCCCCCCAGCAGACCCAAGUCGUGAAGCGCACGCGAGGCAAGCGCGACUGGUGGGUGGGGGCAGGCGGGGGGGGGCCAUUCAUCUACACGCCGUUCACCACGCGGGCGGCCAACGUGAAGCCCGACAUGGUGUGGAUCGUGGGCGAGGUGGCUCAAGUCAUCAUCGAGCUCUCCAACCCCUGCGCCUGCGCUGUCGAUAUCGAAUCCAUCUACCUGAAUGUGGAUGGGGACUUUCAGCCGUUCCCCGCGUCGCUCUCUCUGCGGCCGAAUACCUACUCUCAUCUGCUCACGCUCUCUGGCUUGCCGCGGUCGCCGGGGGUGAUUACGGUCCUGGGCUGUUUCCUGCAGUCGUUCGGGGUUCUUACGGACCAUCGAUUCGCCGACACGACGAUCACGACCGUUGCUGCGGCGGCAGGGAGUGCGGGGUCGGGAGCAGGGCUGCCGUUGAUUCCGGGCGUGGGUCUGGUGGAUCCUUUUUCGCCCGCUGCUGCUGCGUCUGUGGCUGCUAAUUCCGCUGCAGCAGCUGCUACAGCCACUCCUCUAUCCGCCCCCACUAUCUCUGCCACCUCCUCUCUCUCUGCAGCGGCAGCGAGUGUCGACACUGCGGUUAAGAGCGGUGCCAGCGCUGGGCGGGGAUUCUUGGCCUCCUCUCCCAUCCCGUCCACCUCCGUCCUGCCCGUGCUCGAUAUUUCUGUGCUGCCCGAGCUUCCGCUAUUGGUCGCCACGGCGGAGGACGGCGACGGGGCAGCCGCGGUUCUUUUUGACGGGGAGGUCCGGGAAAUUUCGGUCAAGCUGGUAAAUUCCAGUCGAGUGCCCGUAGUAGACGCAUUUGUUUCUGUUGCAGGCAGGCAAAAGCGGCACCUGAUCGUUCUCGGGCAGGAAAAACUUGCAGCAGCGCUGCCCCUGCUUCCGGGAGCUGCAGUCACCCUGCCCGUGAAAAUCGUGGCCCAGUUCCAGCCAGAGAGUUCGGAGGACGACGAGGAUGAUGUGGGAGGGGGGGAGGGCGGAGGGGGGGCAGAGCAGAGCACGAGCAGCAAGGAGGAAGACACAGUGAACCUGGUCGUGCAUUAUGCAGGCCCCGACAAAGAUCCCGAGAGUGAUCCCGCCACCCCAGCAGCACCAACCCCUGCCUCCAAAUCUGGAGCUACCAGUAAGGAGAAGGGGAAGGAGAAGGAGAAGGGGAAGGAGAAGGAGAAGGGGAAGGAGAAGGAGAAGGGGAAGGAGAAGGAGAAGGAGAAGGGGAAGGAGAAGGGGAAGGACGAUGCGGUGCCCGGGCGGCGGCUGUCGUUCCCCAUCAACCUGUGUGUGCGGCGCGGCCUGUCCCUUGUGCGUGCCCGUCUGCUCGUCACGGGAGGCGUCACUCCCGCCGUGCAGUCCGAUGGGGGGGUCGCCACCACCUCUGCUGCCGGUGGCGGUGCUGCUGGUGGUGCUGCCAACCUUGCUGCGUCUGGCCGUGGUGGUGGGGCUGGGGCAGGCUUGACGUGGGGUUCCCAGGCAAAAGGGUUAGGAGCGACGGGGGGAGGAGCAGGAGUGAGGAAGGCAGUGGGAGAGAUGGAGGUGCCGGUGAGGCAGGCCAAGGGACUGAGGCUGCUGGAUCUGGAGGUGUGGAACGGCACUGACUCUGCCUUUGAUGUCUCCGUGCUCGUUGACCCCCCCGCCCCCCACGACCAACCCAGCACUCCCGCUGGUGCUGCUGGUGCUACCGCCACUGGCACAGCUACAGGAGGAGCAACAAACGCAGCGCCGGCAGCAUCAGCAGCAUCGGCAGCUUCAGGGUCUUUGCUUGCCGCCAGUCUACUCCCCCCCGCAUCCAACCUUCAGGCCUCUCUAGAGGAAGCUUCCCUCCUCGCCUCGGGCGGCUCCGUCUCACACUCCCGCAUCGGACGAGACUGCGCCGCCCGCCUGCUCAUCCCGCUCGGCGGAUUCGAUUCCCUCCUGGGCUCCGAGGCGGAGGCCGCCCUGGCAGUACUCCACCACGAGGAGCAGACGGGCGGCGACACCACUGUGCGGCGCCAGCUGGCACUGGGCCUCGGGCCAAUCCCGUCGCCGUUCACAACCAUCAUCAACGCGAUAUGCUCGCGGGUGAAGGUGCGGUGGCUGUCUGCAAGGAACUGCCGCGGGGAGGUGAGGAUUAGAGAGGCGGUGCGGGCGGUGGUGGAGAGUCAGGCUGUGGCAGUGCUGCUGCCUGAUCCUCUAGCGUUUUCAUUCCGAGUCACUGCUCCUCCUCUCACUGCUGCUGCUGCUGCUGGGGUUGGAAGUGCUGGGAGCGGUGGCAAUGAGCGGAGGGAAACGUCAGGGCUAGCGGCUGGUGAUGGUGGUGCUGCGAGGGAAGGAGGGAGUGGGGUAGGGGGAGCUGCAAACGCGGAUGGAGGAGGGGCAGGAGGAGGAGGGGGGGCGGGGUUCAGUGUGACGAGUGCGUUGGAGUUCACAACAGUGGAGCUGACAGUGACCAAUCAGAGCAAGGGCAAGCUGGCCGUGAGCGUGAGCGUGACGUGUCGCGACGUGACUGGCGAGACGUGCGUGGGGGAGGCCACUCAGAAGCAGCACGUCAUGUGGGCAGGCACACUAAACGGCAUCGAUGCCACAUUGGACCCUGGCCAGUCGCUGCACCACAAGCUGAGCCUGUGCUUCCUCGUGCCCGGCGAGUACACACUCUUCGCAGCAGCAGUGGUGGACAACCAGGGCCCCUCGCCCACCUCCCUCCUCGCCUCACACGCACAGCUAGCGGGGCGAGCGGGGCACACGCAGAACCCCAACCCAUGGUGGGCCGUGCUGGAUGCUAGCCGGCGCCCACAGACCAUCUGCUGCACCAGCCUGCCGCAUGCCAUCACUGUGCUCGGCGCUGCGUAG